AUGGCUGGCGCCAAGGAGCUGAAGUUGCCCGUGUACCAGGCUCAUUCCCCACAGAUUGGGAUGCGCCGGUACUUCAUUGACCUCCUGAGUGUGCUCAGCACCCGCUGCAACCUCUGCCCCACGGCCCGGCACCUCGCCAGCUACUUGUUGGAUCUCUUCAUGGAUCGCUAUGAUAUCACUGUCAAGCAACUGCACGUGGUUUCAUUUGCCUGUCUUCUCCUAGCAAGUAAAUUUGAAGAAAAGGAAGAUAAAGUUCCAAAGUUGGAGCACUUAAAUAACCUGGCAUGCAUGUGUAAUGUGAAUGCGGAAUUGAACAAGAAAGAUUUGCUUAGAAUGGAAAUGCUGCUUUUGGAAAACUUCAACUGGAACCUCUGUUUACCAACACCAGCACACUACAUUGACUACUACCUCUAUGUGUCCAUUGGCGAGAAUGACCUUCACAAUGGCUGGCCCAUCACCUCACUGACCAAAAUCAAAGCUUUUCUGGAGAAAUACGCAUACUAUUUCCUUGAUUGCUCAGUGCAAGAUCACACUUUCCUUCAUUUUCGCCCAUCUCUGACUGCUGCAGCCUGUGUCUGUGCCUCACGGAUCUGCAUGCAGGUUUCUCCUGCCUGGACAGCACAGCUUGAAUUGCUAACAUGUUAUUCCUGGGAACAUCUUGCCCAAUGCAUUGAAAUGAUGCUCAUGUAUUAUGAGAAUGACAUCAAAGAAGCCAGUAACAUAAAAAAGCAUGUAACAAUUCAACACCAAGAACAGGAAGUAGUGGUGAAUCUGAGCCAUCAAGCCACGACUCAAGUUCUCUUCCAGCAAUCUAGUUAUCACCCUUUAGCCCAGCAUUCAGCUACACAUUCCCAGUUCCAGCCUCCAGUGCAAGAUCUGUGCUCUGCUUAUCGUGACUCUCUACAGGCCCCCAGGCCCAGCAGCCUGCUUGCUGGGAGUGCUGGCAGCUCACUGCUCUCCCACACAGCUCUCCAGACCAGCCUCCGGCCACCAGCUCAGCAUCUGCCCAUCCAAAUGCCCAUUGCUGUGCAGGUGGCCUUAGGAGCAGAGCCCAGACACUGCAUUUCCAUGGCUUAUGGCAGUAGUUACUUCAGUGGUCAUCACUCAUAUGCAGCUGGGUGCUUCGAUGGGUAA